GUCUAGGCAGGACUGUCAGACUACAGCAAUGCCUCAACCAAGAAGCCUCUGUGAGAGUCCGUUCUAGGAAUUUUCAUCAAUGGGGCUUUUAAUCAGCAGGGUCUUGAGAUGCAGGGAUUCCAGUCUGGUAGAGUCACAGCCAGAAGCCAUAGCCAGAGCCAGUUGUCUUUCUGGCAGUCGCAAGCGAAAAAGAAACAGUUCGGAGGAGUUGGCAACAAGUUCUAACGUUCAUGGACCUCAAAACCAGGGAAUGUAUCCACAUCAAGUUCUCAACUACAUCUACUGGAAAAGGGUUAAGAUCUCAUCUAAUGAUGCUUAUCAAAACUUAUUUUUGGACGGGAAUGAUAGCGACAUUAAAAUCCGUGCUCUGGGAAGAACAUGGUGUUUACACAAAGUAUUUUUAUGUCAGUCAGGCUACUUUGCUAAAGUUCUCAAAGGUACUUGGAGAGAAUCACACCAUGGUGUUAUAAAUCUGAUCAUUAAGAAUGAGGAUAUUGAUACCCGAUCUCUGCAUUUUGUGUUUGGUGCUUUGUACACAGAUGCGGAUUUUUCAAUAACACCUCUGGAAGUUCCUCAAGUUUUGGCAGCAGCAUGCCUGCUUCGGGUGGAUCGAGUAAUUCAGCAGUGUGAAGGAAUCAUGAAAGCAACUAUCAACAGGAACACUGUGUGCUCCUACUAUUUGGCAGCAGAAACCUAUAGAUUAAAAGCUGUAAAGACCGGAUGCUUUGAAUGGCUUCUUUGCAAUUUGAUGGUACAUCCAAGUGUGGCACUUUACAAGGAAGUAGAUAUGAAGUUGAUGUAUCUUCUAGCUUUGUCUUCUGACUUACUAGUUAUGCAAAAGGAGAUCGAUGUGUAUACCACACUAAAAAUAUGGAUGUUCCUUUAUCUUAAUCCAUGCUGGAAUGGAACCAUGAAACAGCUUUUACAACAUGCAAACAACUGGCUUUCCACCCACAUGGCAUAUGUUGAUAACAUCAGUUUUCUUGAAAGUGAAGAAGGACGAAUAUUUCAACCAGUGUUUAAAAAGCUGAGAUUUCAGCACAUCAUCUGUGACUUGACUUCCACAACUAUUCUUGAACAAGAUCGACUAAUACCAAUGGCAUGGUUGUCACCCAUUUACAAACAACAGUGGGUGACUUUGCUGCGAACACAAGAAUCUGGGGUAAUUGGACCACAAGUUAUCAAUGAACAAGAACUUGAAGAAUGCACCAUGAGGUGUGGUACAAUGAUCCCCAAAGAUGGUAGAUAUACUUGGAAGUGGUCAGUUGGACGACUUGGCUUUCCUUUACGGGUGACCUUUACCAGGCAGUGUGUAAUUUUAAGGCAACGGUGUCAGCGGUGUGACGGUUCUGCCUGCCAAAACCAUAUCCGAAAUGUCAUAUUCAGAAUAACUUUGGUGUGUUUUGAUUCCAACAAAAGAAUAACUUUCAGAAAAACAACAGGUUAUAAAAUCCUCACCUUUGAAUAUAACGAGGAGCAAAUUGUAAUGAAAUUGGAUAGUGAUGUUCUAACCUUCCCUAUGUGUAUAUUCUGCAAUUUCCUUUUUGUAAACCUAGGAAAUGCAGAAAACAAGUAAUCUUAUCAAUCAUUAGACUGUAAGCAUUUUACAUGUAUCGAAUGGCUCAUUUAAUAUGAAGGCUGUGUAAUGACUACAGUGAGGAAGACCAAAAACAAAUUCAACAUUCUUUGGAGUCUAGUACCACCAGAUGUGACUGCUUCCCUCCAUCACCUUAUUUCCAUGUAUUUCUGAAGAAAAAUUUUACUUCCAACAAAGUAUUUGUCAAAUAAAGUUAAUCUUCUGAUUUAAAUUUACCAUCGAGAGCCAAGUUUGGAAUGGAAAUAAGAGACUAUAUUUGCAAAGUAAAACAUCUCAAAGAACUUGUUAAGUAGAUUUGGCCCUAGCUAAAUUUGAGACAAAAUAAAAUCAUUCCA